GUGACGCACCCGUUCUGCGACAAUUCAAUCGAAGGCAACAUGGCGGCACCUAAUGAGAAGAAGCGUGGUCUUGAACAUUUGGAUGAAUAUGAACCAAAACCUUCCAAACAUCUCCGCAGCCUGCACGACCGUAUGACAGAGAGGAGACUGGUUGUUAUUCUGGAGGGAGCGUCGUUGGAAACAGUGAAGGUCGGAAAAACCUUUGAGCUGUUAAAUUGCGACCAACACAAAAAUAUGAUCGUCAAAAGUGGAAGGAAUCCGGGACAUAUAAGACCUGACAUCACACAUCAAAGUCUACUUAUGUUGAUGGACAGUCCAUUGAACAGGGCAGGCCUGUUGCAGGUUUACAUCCAUACAGAGAAAAACGCCUUGAUAGAGAUCAACCCACAGACCCGCAUUCCUAGAACCUUUCCUCGAUUCUGCGGCCUUAUGGUUCAGCUGCUGCACAAGCUGAGUGUCAGGGCUUCUGACGGUCCUCAGAAGCUUUUGAGGAUGAUUAAAAACCCAGUGUCUGACCACCUGCCUCCCGGCUGCCCUCGCAUGUCCACCUCCUUCUCUGCUACCGCAGAAGCCGUCUGUCCUCGGUCUUUGGUGCCAGAGGGACCGGCUGCAAUUGUGAUUGGAGCGUUUGCACAUGGAGCGGUGAAUGUGGACUACACAGAGAAGACGGUGUCCAUCAGCAACUACCCCCUCUCUGCGGCACUGACCUGUGCUAAGAUGUGUUCGGCCUUUGAGGAGGUGUGGGGUGUCCUGUGACAGUCAUAAACUGCUGGUUUGACCAGACAGAGCGAGCAGAGGACAGGAGUUUAUUUUUGAAUGGACUAGGAAUGGAUAUGAUGUCCUUUGCACCAUUGAGGCCGCAUGGACCACAUAUGUAUCCUUUUAUACACUGAAUGUGUAUACUUGUAUCAUGGCGUUUGGACACCAUCUGGAAAAACACAGGUUUCUGUACUAAGUGUUUUUUUUACAUUUAAGAGUGUGGCGGCUUUUUAUACUAUUAUUUGCAUUCUUUACUGAUUUUGGAUAAUCAAUCAAUAAAGUUGCAUUCAAGUAUUUUA